GUGCAUGGUUACUUCCGCGCGAUCCAACAGAAGAAUGAAACCAGCAAGAGGGCCUUGCAACUCACAGCUGAUGUGAUCCAGCACAACUCUGCGAAUUAUACAGCAUGGUAUUAUCGCCGACGGUGCUUGAAGGAUCUUGCCAUUGAACUCGAUGACGAACGCAUUUUCACAGACAAGUGGGCCAGAGACUGCCCCAAAAACUACCAGGUGUGGUAUCACAGAAGAUGGUUGAUUUCAGAGAUCUCAGCGCGCAAGCGAGCAGAACUCAGCCCAGAAGAGGCGGAGAAGGCGAUCCAGUCAAUGGCAAGAGAAGAGCUACAAUACCACUUAGAUUGCAUGCAGGUAAACAAUGACUACAAAAACUACAAUGGGUGGUCUCAUCGUCAAUUUAUCUUGCAGCAGUUCAAGCUGUGGCAUGAAGAACUUCCUUUUGUGGAGCAGCUUUUGAGAGAGGACAUUCGCAACAAUUCAGCAUGGAACCACAGGCCAAAGGCGAUGUCACAGCAGCAGUGGCCCAGUACGAGCAUUUGCAGGACUGACGUUUACGUGGGGAAGCCGGGCAAGCGCAUUCUGCAGUAUUCGUGUGACAAACAGAUCUUGUGGAAUGACAAGACCGAAGACCUCUCUCAGAAACUUAUUGUGAAAGUCGGUGGUCUCGCAUUGGGUGCCUCUCGUGGUGCCCAUCCCACAGUGCGCUUAGAUUCCUUCUUGAAGUCUACAGAUCCUUCCUAUCAACAUGCAGAGGCGCCUACGCAAGGUGAUCGGUUCAUUCGAAAGAUGGCAACGUAUGGUCAGAUUCGGCCUUCGGUCAGCUUUGUGAGCGAAGCGCGGGUCGUCAGACCCAUGAAGGAGCAAGGUGCGCUUGAUAUGUCGGUGCUGCCCAAUCCCAUCAUGGAUCCUCGAGGAGAUCCUCGAGAAGGAACCUUUGAGAUUCCAGCUCCGCCUCCGGAAGUGGAUGACUCCUUCAUCAAAAUGUACCAAAACCACAGCUUGAUGCUCCCCUCCGAACGCUACAAGGAGCAUUUGAAGAUGAAAGCCGGCGAGAAAAAGUGGCGGGAAGAGCGCGAUGCCGUUUUCCGCUACCGGAAGCGAAUGAACGUUCUCGAGCGAAAGCAUCAAGAAGGAAUUCUUGGCAUUGAUGGUCCUACACAUCCAGAUACCCUUCUGUAUCGGGAUCGCUUCGAGCACCACGCAGCACAGGCUCAACGAAAAGCCGUGAACGCUGAGAAUCGCUUUACGGUUCUUCAAGACAAAACCUACUCAGAUGAUGCGGUAGCCAUGCGGGAUUUUGGUUCCGAUCCUGGCUUGGAGCGUUCAAAGGACAUUUGCAUCCAGAGGAAGUGUAUCGACCCGGAGCAGCAUCCCUUUCGAUUUCUGGACACACAUUCGCGCUUGUUCCCCAAAUAUUCACCGACUUGGGAUCCAGAGCGGGCAGCUGCACUCCGGAGCCAUGAUGUUCGUGACAGGGGCCACAAUAUCAUCAAUGGUGCAGACAACACCCUGACCUAUGACGUCGCACUUCCGUGGGAGGAGGUUCAGCAACAAGCGGUGCAGCGCCGGAUCGCUGAAGCCGCGAAGACUCAGAGCCGAAGUUCCAACAGCCACGAGAUUUGA